UUUUAUUUUGACAUUUGACAAUCUGAACUUGGUGUAUAUCUUCUUUCUGUGGUUAAGUCCAAAAUGGCACCGACAGCUGACAAAACUAAAACGGUUAAAGGGCUCCCCGCAGUCCCUGAAUCUGUGUUAAAACACCGUAAAAGACGUGAAGCAUCCCGUGCAAAACAACUCCAGUCUGUCAUUAAAAAGAAGGCAGAACAGAUCAAAAAGAGGAAGGAUAUUUUUAAAAGAGCCGAACAGUAUGUUAAGGAAUACCGUUUAAAAGAAAGAGACGAAGUUAGGCUAAUUCGUCAAGCCAAAACAAGAGGAAAUUUCUAUGUUCCUGCAGAGGCAAAAUUGGCUUUUGUUGUUCGUAUUAAGGGUAUAAAUAAAGUAGCACCUAAAGUACGCAAAGUACUUCAACUAUUCCGCUUACUGCAAAUUAACAAUGGAGUUUUUGUAAAGUUAAACAAGGCUACUAUUAACAUGCUCAGGAUAUGCGAACCUUAUAUUACAUGGGGAUAUCCUAACUUAAAGUCAGUCAGAGAAUUAAUUUACAAAAGAGGAUUUGCUAAAGUUAAUGGACAACGUGUAGCAAUUACAAGCAAUCAAAUCGUUGAAGACAGAUUGGGAAAAUCUGGUAUCAUUUGUGUUGAAGAUUUAAUCCAUGAAAUUUUCACUGUUGGACCUAAGUUUAAAUAUGCCUCCAACUUCUUGUGGCCCUUCAAGCUAAACACACCCACUGGUGGCUGGCGUAAGAAGACUAACCACUAUGUUGAAGGAGGUGACUUUGGUAAUAGAGAAGAUAGAAUCAAUGAACUUCUCAGAAGGAUGGUUUAAACCAUUUUGUUUAUAAAAUAAAUUAUGUAUAAAACACCAA